AUGUCACUUUCACCAGAACAACACUAUGAGCAACUAGUCAUCGGAAGAAAUCUGAAAGCUCAAGAUGUCCAAGCGGCAUUUGAUAACCUCCAACCCAUCAAACCAGAAAGCUUCGUUGAAGCAUGGAAGGGUGCGAAUGUCAACACAGGCCACCCGACCGAAGAAAAGCUCACUGGUAUGAGAUGGGCCGGAAAAACAUUCCGCUCAACGGAAGAUGUCGAUCCGAUUAUGGUCUACGACAACGAUGGCAGGAGGGUCUCGAAUGCAGACUGGGGACAUGCUCGACUUCGUCAGAUUGAAUGGAACGGCAAGGUCUCUACUGCUAUGGUUUAUGACGACUUCCCAAUUAUUGAUUACUUUCGAUAUGUCAAGGAAGAUCUGAUCGCUGGAGCAAUGGACGCAAAAACUGCGUCUGGUGGCACAUACUACUUUUACUUGUUCGAGUGA